GUUAACUCCAAAUCAAUUUUCAGGUGUUCAUAGGUGAAAUAUCCGAACCUCACCUUCGAGGUAUAUUUUCCAGUGGUCCCUUUGCUAGUUAUUCUUUUGGUAUACUUUUGGUAUAUGCACUGGGAUUCCUGCUGCCUUGGAGAGAAGUUGCAGGUUUGAGUGCGAUUCCACCGAUUACGGCACUCGCAAUAUAUUUCUUCCUACCAGAAAGUCCGGUAUGGCUUGUACGAAGAGGCAGAAUAGAAGAAGCAAGAGCAUCAAUGCUAUGGCUCAGAGGAGGCAACAUAAACAAGGCAAAAGAAGAAACAGAUCAGCUGAUCCAUCGAUGUAAGGCAGAUUCGCAAGAAGAAAGAACCACGUUGACACUUCUACUGCAGCCUGAAGUGUUGAAGCCGCUGUUGAUCGUUAAUUUGUUCAAUGCGGCUCAGAUUCUAUCUGGCACCUAUUUGAUCGUAUUUUACGCUGUGGAUAUUCUCCAACACGUCCAAGGAGGUGAACGCGUGGACCAUUUUCUAGCAGCAGUAAUAACAGCGUGUGUACGAUUCAUUUUCUCAAUUAUGGCGGGUGUGCUAUUGACUCUAAUUGGUCGCAGGAGUUUGGCCAUCACUUCGGCGUUCGGAACAGGAGUCUCAGCAACACUUUUGGCCGUUUUCCUUCUAGCCACAACAACUGGCAGCACUAUUCAUCGCUGCUUGGGCUUGGACUAUAUCCCAGCCUUCCUCAUUCUGGUGUACGUUGCCAGCAAUACGAUGGGAUUCAUGAUUCUCCCGGGGGUCUUAGUUUCCGAACUCUUUCCAGCAAAGGUUCGUGGUUUGGCAGGCGGCCUGACCUUCAUGAUCUUCAACCUGCUACUCUUCGGCGUCGCCAAAGUUUUCCCUCUAACGAAAGCAUCCAUUGGAGUAUCUGGAGUAUUCUGGAUUUUCGGUGGAGUUUCCUUCAUCGCCUGUAUCUUCCUCUGGCUCACCUUGCCUGAAACUAAGGCUCUCACACUAUCGGAGAUUGAAGACUACUUUAAAAAUGAGGGGCUACUAUGGAAACGAACUUCGAGGAAACAGAGAUGGAUAGACAGUGAAGCACAACUCAAACUUUCUGUGGAUAAGCCACAGUGAAGUUUCGCAGAUGUUACGUUUUUUAUAAUAGAUUUUACUUAACUUCAUAUCCGCCAUGUUCAGCCAAAAUAUAGUAAGUGGUAGUAUUGAACCUUCACGAUUUUUGAGGCGAAAAUGAUUAAAAAAAAAGUAAACUGAUCUGCUGAAGACACGACAAUCAUCCUAAAGAUUACCAUAUGUGAAAAGUACCUACCUUAGUUGUAUCUAUGUUUUAUAAGAGACUGAUGGAAUUAUUUAUAAGAGUUGUAUUUAUUAUUGAAAUAAAAU